CCAAGUGUGGGUGUAAUGAACUCCUUGGUUACUCUCUUAGUUCAGAGUUUAUAUGCGGCUCAGUGUAAUAUUUCCGAUACCAACUAUUGGCCAACAGAUUAUGCGGAAACGGCUUUGCGUUCAGGUCCCGAGGCUUUUGAUUUUGUGGUAAUAGGAGCUGGUUCGGCUGGCUCUGUAGUGGCUAGUCGUUUAAGUGAGAAUCCUAAAUGGAAUGUUUUGGUUUUGGAAGCUGGUGAUGAUCCGCCACAGGAAUCAGAGAUACCUAACUUCUUUUUCGGUCUACAAAAUACCAAUUAUACUUAUAGUUACUAUACGGAACCUAGUGAUACUUCUUGUAAGGCCUUUACCGAUAAUAAAUGUCAUUGGCCGAGAGGUAAACUUAUAGGAGGUACGGGCGGUAUAAAUGGCAUGGUUUAUGUACGAGGUAAUCGUUUUGAUUAUGAUCGCUGGCUAGAGGAAGGCAACACCGGUUGGGGUUUUGAUAAUGUUUGGCCUUAUUUUGAGAAGGCCAUAACACCAGCUGGAAAUCAUACACAUAUCCAGGGAUAUGUUCCCUACAAUGAAUUUCCACAAUUUGAUGAGGAUAUAUUCUCUUUGAUUUUUCAAGCCUCCGCUGAGUUGGGCAUACCUAGAGUGGAGGAAUUUGGUGAAGGUAGUUAUAUAGGUUAUAGCCAUCUUAAGGGUUCCAUAGAAAAUGGUUUACGAGUUAGUACUGGUAAAGGACAUUUGGGUAGAGUUGCUCAAAGACCCAAUUUAAAAGUAAUUAAAAAUGCUCAAGUAACCAAAUUGGUAUUUGAUAAUAACGGCCCCACGGUAAAAUCGGUGGAAUUUACUAUAAAACAACAAGAAGAACUAAAAGUGGAGGUAAAACGUGAAGUUAUUCUAUCAGCGGGUACUAUAGAUUCCGCAAAAUUGUUAAUGCUUUCGGGAGUGGGUCCAGAAUAUAAACUAAAACCUUUAAAUAUACCUGUUAUUGCUGAUAUACCCAUAGGUGAAAAUUUACAAGAUCAUGUUAUAAUACAAUUAUAUCUACGCAUACCCGCUAAUCCACCCGAUCAAAAACAACUGCUCGAUAAUAUUUAUCAGUACUUAAUAUACAACCAAGGUCCAUUUACUUCUCAUGGUAGUACUUCUAUUACUGGUUUUAUUAACACGGACUUGUCUUCUAACUCCCUUUAUCCCGAUAUGGAAUUUCAUCAUUUUAUUACCAGACGGGGUGAUGUUAAUGGUUUUGAUUUACUUUUAAAUGGUUUUAAAGUGAAAUCACAGUUCAGACCUUUCUUUAGAGAGUCCAUUGAAAACUAUGAUUUAUUGACUAUAUUCGCCGUAUUAUCUCAUCCUAAAUCAUGGGGAGAUUUAACACUUAAAUCUUCUUCUCCACAAGAUCCACCCAUAAUAAGGGCAAAUUAUUUAACGGCACCAGAAGAUGUGGAAGUAUUACUAAGAGGUAUGGAUUAUAUAACGAAAAUGGAGCAGACCGAGGCCUUUAAAGACAAACAGGUGAAAAUUCUACAAAUACCUAUAGCGGAGUGUGAUCAAUUUCAAUUUAAAUCCCCAGAGUAUUGGAGAUGUUAUUUUACUUAUUUCUCUAGUACUUGCUAUCAUCCCGUGGGUACGAUUAAAAUGGGUCCGUUGUAUGAGGAAAGCACCUGUGUGGAUCCUAGACUUAAGGUUAAGGGUAUACACAAUUUACGUGUUGUGGAUGCCUCCAUAAUGCCUCAUAUUACCAGUGGCAAUACCAAUGCUCCCACCAUUAUGAUUGCAGAAAAAGCUUCAGAUAUUAUCAAGGAGGAUUGGUCCAAUUAUGAUUUUUAA